CCAUACUGCAGAGGUACCCAAUUACACGUCUUCGAUACAACCCAAGGGAAAAUCCCAACAUCCCCUCAUUUCCUCAUCUUAACUAAAUUUUCUUCCCAUCUCCAAUCAAAUUCAUCCAUUAAUGGCCGAUCCCACGACGAUUCAGCUACCCGCACAGACCACAUACGCUGCGUUGGCCAGUCCCUUGACGGUGUUAGGCUCUCAGUAUAUCGCUCCUUAUCCCGUGGAUCUGAGAAUCACGAAGAAGGUGAUGACCAUGAAGGAAGGUUCGUUCGCGGUUACUGACGUUAACGGCACCUUGAUGUUCAAGGUGAAAGGGUCGGUGUUCAGCCUCCACGAUCGCCGCGUUCUUCUUGACGCCGCUGACAACCCCGUAAUCACCUUUCAACAAAAGCUGUUUUCAGCGCAUAGAAAAUGGUAUGCGUAUAGAGGGGAGAGCAGAGAUUCAAAAGAUCUGUUAUUCACGGUGAAGAAAUCGUCGAUUUUACAAUUUAAGACACACUUAGAUGUGAUAUUAGCCACAAACGGAUCGGACAGCGGGUGCGAUUUUAAGAUAAAAGGAAGCUGGAUGGAGAGAGCCUGCACUAUCUUUCUUGGGGAUGGGUCUUCUGUGGUCGCCCACAUGCACAAGGAACACAGUUUACAGAGCAUUGUGUUGGAUAAGGAUACGUUUGGAGUGACGGUUCAGCCGAAUGUGGAUUUUGCGUUCAUCGUUGCACUUGUGGUCAUUCUCUUCGAGAUCAACGAGGACAGGAGCGGCAACGACUAGAUAGAUCAAAACAACAACCCCACCCCUUUUAUAUAUUAUUAUUCUAAUUUCCCAUCUGCUUCUUCUACAUUUCUGCACACUUGGAUACGGGCAUGGCCUUAAUUACUUGUUUCAUCUGCUUUUGGUGCUUCAUUAGUUCUUUUAUUAAAAGCUAUAUGUAUUUUCCUCUUCUGAUUUUGUGUUUCAUUCUCCAAAAACAGUAUAUAGUUUUGUAACAAUAAACAAUCUUAUAUAAUGAAUACCUUCCACACAGAUAUGUGGUUUUGUCAUUA